AUGCCCUCGCCAUACGAGAAGAUAGACUGCCACUCACACUAUCUGCCAGCCGGAUACGGCGAAGCCUUGGCCAAUAAUGGCCACAAAUACCCAGAUGGCAUGCCAGGAAUUCCCACCUGGUCCGAGGAGGCACACCUCGACAUGAUGUCCACAUGCAACAUAACCAAAUGCAUUCUCUCCAUUACCUCACCCGGUGUCCACCUCGUGGCGAACGACGAUGAGCUAGCAGGCAAAGUCGCCCGUCUCUGCAACGACGCCGGCGCCGAGCUCAAACGACGACGACCCGACCAAUUCGGGUUCUUCGCUUCACUCCCCGUUCCCAACAUCGAGGAAGCCAUCGUCGAGCUCAACCGAGCCUACGACGAGCUCGAUUGUGAUGGGAUCACUCUCGAGACCAAUAAGCAUGGCGUCUACCUGGGUGACAGCCGUCUUGAUCCUCUCAUGGCCGAGCUCAACAACCGCCACGGUACCCUGUUCAUCCAUCCUACCACGCCAUGUAUGCCCGACGGCCAGACCGCCGCUGUCCCUCUCACUCUCUUCCCCAGAUCCACCUACGAGUUCUUCUUCGAUACCUGUCGCACCGUCAUCAACCUGUUCGCCACCGGUACUGUUCGCUGCAACCCCAACAUAACCUUCAUCAUUCCACACAUGGGCGGUGCGUUCCCGCCGUUGAUCCAGCGCUUCUCUCGCGUUGCGCCCAUCCUUGGUCUGCCUGGCAUCGAUCCGGAGCUCUCCCCCGACUUCGUCCUCGAUCGACUGAACAACCAGUUCUACUUCGACACAGCGGGCUGGCCGUUCGGAGGGCAAGCACAGGGGCUGUUGCAGUACGUGAGUCCAAAGAGGAUUCUGUUCGGCACGGAUUUUCCAUUCACUCCGUUGCCUGCGGUGAUCAGUGCUGUAGCGGGCCAUGAUCAGCACAUGGUGACAACCUUUGGUUCUGAUGAAGCAGUGGAGAGAGUAUGCCGUGGGAAUGCGAGGCGAUUGCUGCAGGAGAAGGCACGUACAGGUAGAUAG